GAGCUGAAGUCAAAUUAAAAGUAAAAUUCUCAAAAUGAAAGCAGUGAGGUUAAAAUGACGUGCAGCUCGCUGGAGGUUUGCUGCAUGACGGAAAGGUGUGAAAACCAGCAAAAGCUUUUCCUGCUUCAGAAACGUUCACACACUUUGGUGCUGCUUCAGUCUGUUGCACCUUCACCAGCUUUCAUCACAGAUGAGCAUCUGGUUCUGAUCCAGCAUGGAGCGGGAGGGGAGGUGUGUUCGGUCCAUUUACUACGGGAGGAUUGGCAGCAAAGUGACAGAAAGGCUGCUGGGGAGGUUUGGACACGAUGGCAGCUUUCUGCUGAGGGACAGUGAAACGGUGCCAGGGGCCUGCUGUCUUUGCGUGAGGAAAGCACCACAUGUACUCACCUACAGGCUACAGCACUCCGACAGUGGCUGGUACCUCCAGGAUUUAAGAAACCGACAGGAGAAAUUUGGAACUCUGGAGUCAUUGAUUGACCAUUACAGACGAGCCCCAUCGCCUCCUUUUGGGAUGGCUCCCCUCACUGAUCCACUGGACAAAACACAAAUACCAAACUACUUUCUUCAAGAAUUCGUCUACAUGGAAGUGACCAGCAGCAGCAGCUCAGCUCAAUGAGGGCCUGUUCUUCAACCCUGCGGAUGUUCUUCCUCAGAACUUCCUGUUUAUUCAUCUCAUCAACACUUUCCAAACCAGAGAAACAGUUGUACAUAAAUAUCACAUGUAAGAAUAUAAAAAAUACUAAAAAGUUUGCAGUUUAUUUCAGCUCGAGUGUGCAGGGUUACGUUUGUGUUACCUUUCAGUGCUGAGUGAUUCUAGGUUGUGAUUAACUUUCUGUGGCUGCUGUGGUCUUUAUCUGUGCUGCUUUAGUAUCUUUGUUGUAAACCAGAGGGUGAGACAAACAACUGACUCACACCCACGGACAAUGUAGAAUUUAGCGUUUUACCAGAAUUUAUGCCCGUUUUGGUCUGUGAGGGGAAAACGGAGAAGCAGGAGAAAACCACACAUGCUCUGAGACCCU